AGAAGAUGAGACUUUUUUUAAAACCACGCUCUGAACAUUAAAAACAGAAACUUAAGUGAAAAUUAAAAAAAAAAAAAACAUUUUUCGGAAAUACCGGCCAGAUUUUGACGUCACAUUGGUGUAUUUGAGUGAUUUUUUUGAAAAUAACUGGAACUGCCUUCGUUGUGACUGAAAAUGUGUAGAGCGACUAAGCUCCGCCUCCCGGGCUUACCCCCCUCACCACCCAUGGUCCAUUUGUGUGGCGUUGUGUGUCGUCAUCGAGAUCGUAAAAUAGGCCCCACCCCUUUCCUUUGGGCUGCGGCUGUGUGUGGGAAAAACCUGCCCGUCAAGGGCGACGAGCGCCAAGGCGCCCGAUUCAGUGCUUCUCGUGGCGGCAAAGUGUUCGUACGUACGGACCAGAGUCGGCCCUCUAAACACCACACAACACUGAAAAGGGUUUUUUCACAAACUUGACGGACCAUUCGUGUGCUGUUGUGUUACUCUUGUUGAUUUCGGUCCAUCGCACACCAUCAAUCCCGAUUUGUUCCAACUUGCGGCUACAUCCGGCUCAUCCGAGUGACAUUACUUGUAUUCCAGUGUGUCGUGUUCCAAUCUACAAAGGAGAGACUCUGUGGAAUCGGAUUUCGUCGUGUUAUUGGAACCUAUAAUCUUUUUUCGUCUCACCGAAACAACAACAAUAAUUUCCAAUUUUUAAUGUGCACUGUCACCAAUAUCGUCCAUUCUUCUCCGUUCGUUAUUUGCCGGUGACAAGUGAUGGAAUGGUGUCGAUCCGUUACCGCGUGGCCGGCGUGAACGCAGCACCAAGUGUCUACUGACCGGGAGUUACGCACCCAAAAGUUUGUUUUUCUGGAAUGCGUUUGAAUCAGUGCUUUUUCUAAAAAAUUCGAAUCGAAGAAAAAGAAAAAAAUUUUGAAUUGAAACAGAAAAUCCCGACUGUGUUGAGUUAAGUUUCCUGUUGUUUUUGGUGUGUUUGCCAGAAACGAUAUCCAACAGUUCGGCCGUUAAGUUGCCGCUUUAUUUUUGGCGAAGAAAAUCAGUGAUUUAGUGACCCAGUAAAGAUGCCGAGGAAGAAACAGGACUGUCCGAAGCGCAUGAAAUGGGAGGAAGAAUUGGCGGCGGCAGCGGCAGCGCGUGAGGCAGCGAUUGCGGCCGGAUUACUCGACCCAAAUCAAAUCGUUGACGAAUUCGAACCGGAUCCGGAUCAAAGUCAAGAUUCUGAGUCAUCUUCUUCGUCGCCGGCUCGGGACGAUGUCGACGAAGAAGACGCACUGAAGGAAGACAAACCCAAACGGAAAUCUUCUCCCCUUUCUCGCGGAUCCAUGAGUCCCGGUCGGAAUAGUCCGGCGCCCAUCAUGGGCGAUCCUACUUCGGCGGCGGCAGCUGCUGCAGCCGCCGCUGCGGCCGCCACCAACUUGCAGAACUUGCAAGCCUUCCUGGCCGCAAGCGCAGCUUUCCCAGGACUUUUAUCUCACGGUGGGGCGGCGGCCGGACUCUUGGCCGGCCUCCCCGGUGGCCUACACUCGGCUUUGGCCAUGCAGGGACUGCAGGGAUUGCAGGGACUCCAAGGCUUACAAGGUCUGCAAGGUUUAUUUGGCUCACUUCCGGCGGCUGCGGCCGCCACCAAACAUUCGACCAACGUCAUGUCUCCACCGGCUGGCGCCAUUCCGUCGCCGGGAGCUGGACGCAAUGCCGAUAUUUCCAGCAUCAUGGAUUUCAGCAGCAAACGUCCCGUUGGCGGCGCAAUCAAAUUGGAAAAAGGAACCGACGCCGAAAUGAACGACGAAGCGCCUCCGCCGACUCGCCGUCGCGCUGGUGGCGAGUCAACUCCGCUGGAUUUGAGCUCCUCCGGUGUCCGGAAACGGGACCGCUCAUCUGGUGGUUCUACGGCCAGCGUCGGACCCGCCGAGAAACGUCGCUCUGAUUCGAUUUCGGCGGUCAUGGCUGGAUGGAAACCGGCCGGCGCCUCUCACACGCCCGAUGCCUGGAACGGCCACCACAAGUCCAGCAGCGAAGCCAAGAACUCGUUCGCCAGUCCGCCCGACGCCUCCAAAGCCCUGGAAAGGAUGACGGAAUUGAGUCGCUUGUCCGGUGAGUCCCGAUCAGGAGGAGCCGGUGGGGGCCGCCAGUCCGCCUGGCAGAGCCACUGGCUGAGCAAAGGAGCCGACACGGCCAAGGACGUCCUCAAGUGCGUCUGGUGCAAACUCAGUUUCGAAACUCUGGCCGCCCUGACGACUCACAUGAAAGAAUCCAAACACUGCGGAGUCAACGCCAGUCUCAUGUCGUCCGCAUCCAGCGCUUCCGGCGCCGCGGGGUCGGUCAAUUCCUCUCCCGUGGCUUCAUCACCUUCAUCCUCGUCGCAGCCGCACCACCACCAGCCGCAAGCUUCGCCGUCGUCGCACCAGUCGGAGCGCGAGCGUCUUCCGGCCGCCUCCCAUCCGCCGUCGUCGUCGGCUUCGACGACCACGUCCGGAAGAGGAGGAGGUCACCACUCGAGCAGCAGCAACAAUCACGACCUAUUGCUCAAAGAGUCCGGGCAGGUCCAACUGCCCCGCAAACUGGUCCGCGGUCAGGACGUCUGGCUGGGCAAAGGAGCCGAGCAGACGCGUCAGAUCCUCAAGUGCAUGUGGUGCGGGCAGAGCUUCCGCUCGCUGGCCGAGAUGACGACCCACAUGCAGCAGACGCAGCACUACACCAACAUCAUCUCCCAGGAGCAGAUCAUCUCGUGGAAGGCGGCCGACGGAGAAGGCGGAGCCACCGGAAGCGGAGGCAAAGGAUCGAGCGGAUCCGGUGCCAAUCACGGCCCCCAGCCGCAUCACCACGGCCAGCAGCACCAUGGCCAGCAGCAGCAGCAGCAGCAACAACAACAACAGCAACAGCAGCAACAACAGCCAACGCAACAACAGUCUCACGUGAACGCCGUGCUGACGUGCAAAGUGUGCGACCAGGCCUUUGCCAGUUUGAAGGAGCUGAGUUCGCACAUGGUGAAGAACUCGCACUACAAGGAGCACAUUAUGCGAUCCAUCAGCGAGAGCGGCGGCCGUCGGAGACAGGCCAGGGAUAAGCGCAAGAAGGCCCUGCCCGUUCGCAAGUUGCUGGAACUGGAGCGAGCCCAGCAGGAGGCCCGAUCGCUGACGCAACUGCAGCAGCAACAAUUGAUUCCGGCCCAGCAUCAGCAUCACGAGCAUCAGCAGAAAGGGUCCAGCACGGGACGGAUCAGCUGCGAGAAGUGCGGUGACAAGAUCGAAACGAGCGGGUUCGUCGACCACAUCCGGCAGUGUGUCGGCGGAAGUGGGCAGUCGAUGCGAGCCGGAAGCAAGAGCAGCACCCCGUCACCUUCCGUCGCCGCUCCUAAAUCGGAGGCCAUUAACGGAUCCGGUCGCAAGACCCCAAAGUCCAACCGACAUCAAACCAAUCCGUCGCCGAGGGCCAGUCCCAUGAGCGUCGGAUCGGCUAACGGGAGUGACGCGCCGGCCGCCUCCACCCCGGCGCCGGCGGCAUCUUCGACUCCGACCAAAGCCGACGGAUCGCCGUCCGUUCUCAACGCUAUUGAGAAAUUGAUUGAAAAGAGCUUCGACGCCGGCCAAGGAGCGAGCGGAGGCAAAGCCAAGGCGGCCGCCAACAAUCCGACCGGCUCCAACAUCUUGCGCCGGCUGGGCAUCGACGAGAGUCUCGACUACUCCAAACCGCUGAUGGAUCCCCUGAUGACUGUCAACAUGCUGCGCCUUUACGGCUACGGCCAGAUGGCCAGCAGUCAGCAACGGGAGCGGACGACCAGCGAGGCCAGCAGCAGCAACGCCUCGGCCGUGGCCAGCAACGGCGACCACUCGUCGCAGCAGCCGACGCAUCAGAGAGAUUCCGGCAAGUCAACGCCUCGCUCGGCUAACGGCGGCUCACCCCUCCGCAGCCGCAGUCCCAGCCAGAGUCCCAGCGGCGUCGCCAACCGUCGCCGGCGGAAGGAUCCCUCACCCUCGCCCGCCUCUCCCGGCCUGGACGGAGACGUCAACCCACCCAGUCCGGCUGCCAGUUCGGUAGUCAGCGAACGCUCGCUGCGUUCGACCACUCCGGCGACGCAACUGAGUUCACCCGACGUGGCCGGGCGGCGCAGUCAGAGCCAGACGCCCACCGACGUCCAUCCGGCCCGUUCCAGUUUGAACGCUCUUUCAUCCAUGUUCGAGGGUCUCUCUUCGGCUGCGGCGGCACCUUCCUCAGGAGCUGGAACCUCUUCCGGCGGCGGCGGAUUCAAUCCGCUGGCGGCCCUGCAGAAAUUGUGCGACAAGACGGAAACUCACAGUCCCUCGUCCAGCGGCCGUCCCAAUUCGCUUGGCGGGGCGGGAAGCAGCGCCGGCGGUUCGAGCGGCAGCGGCGGAGGAAGCGGUGGCGGAGGCGGCGGAUCGGGGAGUUCGGCCGGCAGCUCUGCGGGCACCAAUCCCGGUGCAAUUUUGGCUUUCAGUUGGGCCUGUAACGACGCCGUCAUGACGGAUUCGAUCAUGAAGUGUGCCUUCUGUGAUACCCAGUUCAUUUCCAAGGGCGCCUACCGACACCACCUGUCCAAGAUGCACUUUGUCAAGGACGCCGCCGGUGGGAGUGUCUCCGCUCCGGCCCUCAAGGGCGCCUCGUCGGGCGGUUCUUCUUCGGCAGCCAACUCGGCCAGCGCUAAAAGCUCCGGGUCGGCCAGUGGCGCCAACGCCGCCUCGGCCGCCGCCAGUCCCCAACCGCCUGCAGGAGCCAAUAGCUUCGAGAACGAGAGCCCUCAUUCCAAAUUCCUCAAGUACACCGAGCUGGCCAAGCAGCUCUCUAGCAAAUACGUUUGAUGGCUCCCUCCUUCUCCGCCCGCUACACCGUAAAACACAAACAUUUUUGUCGCUAUACACCACCUGAUGAUUACACACACAACAACAACAACAACAAAAUAGGGGAAAAAAGAAGACGGACAAAUUGGGCGACGCACCGUGACCGUUUGCGUUGCAGAUGACGGGGCUGGUUGAAAAGAAGAAGAAAAAACAACCAAACAUACGCGAAAAAAAACAAAGAGAAAGUUCUUUUUUUCUUUAUUUUCUUUCGACAAACCAACAUAAUGACGUAAAAACGCAAAAAACACAAAAACAAAUCAAGCAAAAACGUAUAGAGCAUCUUGUCAUAGCUUAGAUCUCCCUCCAUUCUCUCUCUCUGUCUAUCCUUCAUCAUUACGCGCGUUUGCAUCUUGUGUACAUGUUGUGUGUGUGACCCAUUUGGCGCUCCCCCGACUCACGUCUCAUCACGUGCCUCUCUUUUUCCACCUCAUCCAUUUUCAACUCGGAAGAUUUUCUUUUUUUCUUUCGAAAACAAAUAAAGGGGAGUAUAACAUUUUU